UCUGUUUAUCGGUCGUUCAUUCAUUCGCCUUGCUAAAAAAGGUUGAAACGAGAAAUGUUGGCAUUUUAUUAACGAAUAAAUACGUGUUAUCUUUUUGUUACAAGUUUAUUUCUUUUAAUUAACAACAAUUGUAAAACCGAGGUGAAAAGGACAAUGGGUAUACAAUAUAACUUGUAAGAAGUAAGAUAGUAUUAUGGCAUCAGGGGCAUCAUCAUUGGAAAGCAAUGGUAGCAACGAGUCAAUAUCACACAGUUACGUGAGCAACGAACGGCACAAUGCAACUCAGCUGCCCACCAUUCCUAUACCGAUCGAGUAUGAUGUCCUCACCCCGAGCCAGUGCUACGAAAAGCCAAGUAGUUACACGGUGAAGGCUCAUGGUGCCCAUGUGAUGAGCGGGCCGUAUGAACCGCUGGCACAGUAUGACAUGCUCAGCAAACAGACCACUGAGAGUAUCAAACAACAGUGCGAGAUAAAUCAGCUGCGGAGACAGCAUACAGAGACGUCAAGGCGGUGUGAUCAUGUUAUGAAGGAGUUGGAGUAUGUCCGCGGUCAGCACAGAGCAGCCAUGAACCAGUUGGAGGUGUCCGCACAAGAAGCCAACAGCCUCCGAGGCAAAUACAAUGACCUGCUGAAUGAUAACCAACGCUUGGAGCGCGAGGUACAACAUCUUCAGCAGGGCAACACUGACGGCAGCCCGGACUUGAGACACACGCUUGGCAAAUACGAAGCACUCAAGGAGGAGUUCGAGUGUUACCAGAAGAGAUACGAAGACUUAAUAGAGAAACACAAUGCGACCUUAGAGAAAUUCCAGAUAAUUCAGGACGAGAACAAACGACUCAAGACUCAGUGCCAUGAGCUCACACAAGAGAGGAAUUCUGUCAUUCGCGAACGUAACGUCCUGAAGCAGCAAGUUGUCAGCAUGAGCAGACAGUGGGAGGGGCGCAGCGACCGCAGCGACAUCAAGCGGCUCACUGACGAACGCAACGCCGCCAUGGCCGAGUAUGCGCUCGUCAUGAGCGAGAGAGACACUGUGCACAAGGAAAUGGAGAAGUUAUCCGACGAGUUAGAGGCGGCGUUAAAACGUGUCUCGGCGUUGGAGACCGCGCUACAAGCGCAAAGGGAGGAACAACGAGCGGCCGCUCUGCAUGCGGAGAGCCUGCGGCGGGAGAUCGAGUCGGCGCUGGCGGAGCGCGACCGCGCCAUCAAGGAGUGCUCCGACCUGCGCGCGCCCGCGCCCGCCGCGCUCGCCAAGGCGCGACAAGACAACUCUGCGUAUCACCACUUGGGACUUACAAGCGGUGGGGGUAACGACGGAUUUCUCAACGGACAACACUCCAAUGAUCCAUCAUUGGACAAGUUGCAAGGGUUGGUGGGAAUGUCGUCGGACUCCGCAGACAAGGAGCGAGCGGAAUCCUUGGAGCAGAAUCCAGAAGUGGAGAGACUGCGCAAACAGCUGGACCGGAUGCAGAACCAGCUGGCCGAUGUCAAGCGGGAAGCUGAGGUGUCUAAGAGAAGACGCGACUGGGCCUUUUCGGAAAGAGACAAGCUCUUGCAAGAGAGGGAAAGUGUGAAGGCUUUGUGCAAUAGGUUAAGAAAGGAGAGGGACCAAAUGGUGGGAGAGCUGGCUGAUGCGCGGAGACACGGCGGGAAGCAUAGCGAAGCGACUAAGGACGUCAGAAACGAUUUCGAAUGGGACCUGAUAGACGUGGAACUGAGCGGUCUCAGUAAAGACGGCGAUCUGGGAUUCGAACUCUCUGGCGGCAGGGAGGAUCCGUACUACCCCAACGACUGCAGUAUAUACGUCACGGCGGUGAAGAAAGGGUCGCCUGUUGAGGGCAAGAUCAAGGUGCUAGACAGGGUGACGGAGGCGUGCGGGGUGUCCGUGUGGGCGAGCGGGGCGGCGGCCGCGGCGGCGCUGCGCGCGCAGCUAGCGCGGGGCGCGGCCGGGCUGCGGCUGCAGCGAGCGCGCGCCGCACGCACCACGCUGCAGCUGGCGGACGCGAGGGGCAUCGCGCUGCAGCACGGUAUUUUCGUCAGCAAAAUAACAACGAACAGUGCGGCUGCCAAAGACGGCAGCAUCUAUGUUGGCGACAGAGUAGUUAGUAUAAACAACCGGUCGCUGGAGGGCGUCAAGAGCGUGUCUGAAGCGAUGGCGUUACUCAACGAGUGUCAAUACGAUGUGGUGCUCACUGUACUUAGGCCGCUGUACUGUGAUAGGGACAGGUUAUCUGUGUACGAGCAUUCGUAUUCCGACGGCAAGAUGGUGAACAUUUGUUCGCAAACAGAGGAGUCCUACUGUCACUUCGUGCCUCCGUCCGAACCUAAGCAGGUGCACACAGAGCACGGCAUGGUGGACCUCGACCGCCGCUACGUGUACCACCUGGCGGCCGGCAGCCACGGGAAAAUACAGGAGAGAGGCGCGUGGGAUAUGAUCCGCGGCAAGAUCGAGGCGGUGACGGGACGGAGCAAGUCUAAAGACAAACAGAAUAAGGUGCCAGAGAGCGACGCUAUCGCGGAGUUAGAUUCCGUUAUCGACAGCUAUCACGGAAAAACAAUAAAAGAAACAAGCAGUGUUUUGAAACGAUCGCGAAGGAAAAACAAAGAUUCCCACAAUGACGUCAAAAAUGGCGGCACUUGGCCCAAAGCUCGCGCUAACUUCAUUCUGGAGGAGAACUCCACGGGCACCAUAGUACAACCCCGAAGCCGGAAAGAAAGACCGCCGCUGUCUAUCCUUCUGAGUCCACCAACAAAACUACCCCCGGAGCCGCAACGAUCGAACACAAACAGAAACUCGAACCCCAUACCUUUAGGACACGCGCCCUUGACACAAGUGACCGCCCCAACAAGACAUUCCGUCUACAAAUCCAUUGAAUCUUCCCCUGCAGUAGAACACUUUCCUAAACCUGCCCCAUUGACUAUUCACAACCCUUUCGCUUCCCCGAACAGCAUGAACUUCGAGAAGAUUCGAACGCUCGAAAAAGAUAAAAUAUCAAUCAGUGAUUAUUCCGACCACGAUAUUACGCCAAAUCGGCUUAGUUUGGUUCUAAAUCCAUCAGAUGACUCGUUGGAUUACCAACCGGUGACACGUAAUAGAACGAAAAGCCCCCAUUCCUUGGACUUCAUGGUCAACAAGGGCCCCAGCUCUCUAGACUUCGUCACCAGAAAGUCACCUAGCUCUUUGGAGCAUUCAAUAAAAAAUCAUCCAGGUAAAGACUUGCUUGAACAGUAUUAUUCGUCGAAAAAGUCAUCUUCGCCCAAAACUGUAAAUAAGUAUCCUUCAGACAGCGACAGUUUCGGCCCUGACAGUCUGAACAGUAAUCCUAACUAUACCAUGACGGGAACUUUACCAACGCAGUCUCGUCUACAAGCGCAAUACCACUACAGAGGACCUUUUGUGAACCCACAUCCUCAUACAAGCAGAUACCCGCACCUUGCCAGCCCCACGAACAUACCUCAAAGCCAAUCCGGCGAAAGUAUCGGAACAAGUUACGACUUACACUCGUUCACGUCCCACACUCACAACAUGUCUGAUCUCCAACCAGUGCCCCGAGCUACCAGAGUCGGCGACUACCAUCACACGUACGAAGGCGGAACCUUUCCGAGGAAAAAAGAGAAUCAGAGAUUUCGUAUUCCGUCCAAUCCGAGCGUUACGUCCAAAAACUCCGCUGGCAAAUUAAGUACCGGGUCCAUUGAGAGAAGUUCAGAGAGGAAUUCACCUAUGCCGACAUUCCACGUCGAGGUUUUGAGUCCAGGAAAGCAGUUGACGCACAAAGGAACCAGGAAUUCGAUGCCGGAAUAUUGCGGGAUGGGUUUGGAUAAACCUUUGCCAGGUGAAUUGCGAAGAGUUCACAUAGACAAGAGUCAGCAGCCACUUGGCAUUCAAAUAUACUGCCCGUCUGGAGGUGGGGUGUUCGUUUCGACCGUGAACGAUAAUUCCCUUGCGCGCCAGGUCGGUUUGCAAAUAGGGGACCAACUGCUCGAAGUGUGCGGGAUAAACAUGCGGUCGGCGACUUACCAGCUAGCGGCGCGCGUUUUGCGACAAAUAGGCAACUCUAUCACCAUGUUGGUGCAAUACAGUCCAGACAAAUACAAGGACGAGGUGGAAUUGCCCGGCAGCUCGUCUUCCGGGGAGAGUUCUCACGACGAAGAGGUUUCCUUGUCCGGGUCUCCGACACCAAGGAAUUCUCCGGGGCCGCAGCAGUCGAUCAGGAUGGACACGCCGUCGAACGAGGUGGCGACGUUGAGCCGCUCGGGCAACAAGGACCUGCCCCGGUUCCUGCUGAUAGAGAUGAGGAACUGCUCGGACCUGGGCAUCAGCCUGGUGGGCGGCAACGCGGUGGGCAUCUUCGUGCACAGCGUGCGGCCGGAGUCGGCGGCGGCGGCGGCGGGGCUGCGCACGGGCGACCACGUGCUGGAGUACAACCGCGCCGACCUGCGCGCCGCCACGGCCGAGCAGGCCGCGCUCGAGUUCGCCAAGCCGGCCGACAAGGUGAGCGUGCUGGUGCGCCACGAGCUGCAGCAGUACCACGAGGUGAAGGACAAGCCGGGCGACGCGUUCUACAUCCGCGCCGGCUUCGACCGCGGCAACAAGUACACCGCCACCGGCCUCGACACGCUCGACGAGAACGCGCUCUGGUUCCGGAAGGACGAGGUGUUAUUCGUAGAUAACACAUUGUACAAGGGCGCUCCAGGGCUGUGGCGCGCCUGGCAGUUAGAUUGCAAAGGCGCCAAGCAACGCUGGGGCACAAUACCUAGCAAGUUCAAAGUGGAAGAAAUGCUCCGAAGAUCAAUUGGCCCCCUAGAGAGUGAUGCCCGCCGAGCCUCCACCACAGCGCGGCGUUCCUUCUUCCGCAGAAAGAAGCAUCGCGACAGCAAGGAGCUGGCUUCCUUCUCCAACACAGAGCUCGGCUGCUGGAGCGACAGCGGGACUCUAGCCGACGACGCGCCAGUUCUGUGCUACCAGAGGGUGGAGAGGCUGCACUAUGGUAGCCACAGACCAGUAGUAGUUCUCGGGCCACUCAGAGAAUGCGUAUCAGCAAAGCUGGUGUCAGAUUGGCCCCACGUGUUCGGCGCAGUACGCGCGGCGCCGCUGGCCUUGGCCGGCGCUGCGCCCGCGUUGCAGCGGGGGACCCACCUGGAGCCGCGGCCGAGGGCGGAUCCCGGCUAUCUGGAUUGUAUACCGCUGCAGUCUAUACGGGAUUUGGCUGAUAAGAACAUCCACUGCAUCCUGGAUAUCAGCGUGGCCACCAUAGAGAAGCUCCACAAGCAACAGAUCUAUCCUAUAGUGCUCUUCAUCAAGUUCAAGUCGUUCAAGCAGAUCAAAGAGAUGAAAGACCCGAGUUACCCCACUGAGAAGGUCUCCGCAAAAGCCGCCAAGGAAAUGUACGAACAUGGGCUUAAAGUGGAGAAUGAGUAUAGGAGCUAUGUGUCAGCGGAGAUCCCCGCCGGCGUGAACAUCGCAUACAUCUGCACACAAAUCAAAGAGGCUGUGAAAGAGGAGCAGAACAAGACGCUGUGGUCCGUCUCCUUCUGCCCGCACAGCCACUUCCGCUCCGACACCGACAUCCGGUACUACGCCGACCCGCCCCGGGGGAAACCAACCAAGAAGACCCACACGACAGACUCCACUGACAGCGACCUCAAAUAUUACUCUGAGCCCGACGCGAAUAACUACUUCGAGAUCGAUUACGAAUUUCUCAAAGAAUUGAGGAGAAUAGCAAGGAAUAACUGCCCGAAGUGCAAACGCAGGAGGUCGAGGAAGAACCAAGAUCAGAAUCAAGCGAAAUACAAAAGGGUGAGACCGCGCGGCGCUCGGUUGAAAGAGAAUUUCGUUUAUUGCAACGGAAAGUACCAUAGCGAUAAGGAACAUUGUCAGUUGUGCUGCAAAGUGUGUAAUCGAUCGACUGACACGUUAGACUCGAUUGAUGACGAGUACUCUUUGGUAUCGAGAAGCUACAGCAGUCAGCCGUCGAGCAAAACCAUCAGUUCCAGAUCCAAAUCGACUCCGAGAAAACGCGAGCGGAAAAACUCGGCGCAAUCGAUCAAAUCCGUCUCGUUCUUAGAAUCGAGUAACGACGAAUCGAAAGACGAGACCAAUUAUACGGCGAAGAGUUUCACCAAUGAUUUGAAGAAGUUCCUACUGAAGCCGUCGACGCCGCGAUUGAGUUUUCGCGAUAAAUUCAUUAUUAGUUUCAAACAGGAAUUUGAAGCGACCAAGAAAUCGCCCAAACUCAAAGCUAUAAAGGGUCUGUGGAAAUCAUAUUGAUUAUUUAUGUUCACAUAUGAAUCGUCCGCGAUUUUGUGGCGUAUCAACUUUACAAUAUUAAUAAAAUCUAUACUUAUUGGCUUAAUUAUAACCAUAUUUAACUAUGAUAGUAAAUCGUAUGUUCUGAGUGAAAAUUUACAUUUGAUAUUGAAUUCUUUAAAAUAUAACAAUUUUGCAAAUACGUCACAAAAUCAAGAUUUCAUUUUAUAUUCCUAAAUUUAUACAAAUCAACAAUUAUUAAAAUAUUAUACUCGGUGCUUUAUUUUGGAGGUUCUAUAUUUAAGUUUUACAAAUCAACGUAAGUGUUCAUAAAUUGGUCUAAAAAUCUAGAAUAAACCAAGGUUCUGGUGCUAGAACUAUUUAAGCUUGAAGCUUGUAUAUAUUUAUAUUACCAAUGGGAUAUUUCAUUGCUAUAGGUACUUUCGCGUUGCAUAAUAUAUUGUUAUGAUGUUUAAACGAUCAUAUAACUUUCUUUUGUCAAAGUUUCUGUCGCGUUACAGCGGCUGCGAGCACGUUGUGGUCUUGAAACAUCUCACUCAUAUCGAUGAGGCAUAAUCUCGAUUUCCCAUUCUUCCUGAUAGAACAUAAACGAAACAAAAAGCUAGAAAGAGUGGGGAGAUGAGACAAAUGACUAUUGCGGUGUACAUCUUAUCUGUAGCAUGCGAAUGCAAUAUAUACUUUAGGAAAUUCCCAUUUCAUUUCAUUAUUCACAGCAAUAUUGAAAGUAUCGUAUCUUCUGUAGGCAAAAAUGUUGGUAAUAUAUAAAAUUGUCUUACGUAAGUAUUUAGAGCAAUAAUUUAUAGAGUCGAUAAAAUAUACUAAUUAGAGCGUAACGUGUAAGAAUAGUUAUGAAAAAUAAAAUCAUUGUUAAAAGUGAGGCUAUAUGCACAGUUACACGCACUGACAUAUUAAAGUAGUUUAAAAUUUCGACCAGGUUUUAUCUUCGCAAUAAAUUUACUUAUAUUUAACAUCCAUAGAUUUUCUUCUACAACGUUUUACUGGUAUGAACCGGUUAGAAGUAGAAAUUUAGUCUGAAUUUAGGGACAAAAUGUCAAUAUAUUCCCUCGGUGUCCCUAACGAAUCCCUAAGACUGUAGUAAAUAGUAAUUUACUAAUUAAUGUUAUAAAUUCACCGUCUGAUCUUUUAUAUUAUGAUGAUAUUUUAUUCCGAUUUUGCAUAAAAUUGUAAAUAAUGUGCCAAAAGCAUUCUAGAAACUAGGGCGGAAAAGACUAGAAAUUUUCUUGUAAAAAUAUAUCUAUAUGUCUUUUGGACUAUUUAUCCUAUUUAUUUUAUAUGUAAGCAAUUGUAUUAUGAUAAUUUAUAUAUUUUUUAUAAAAUUCGUUUAUUGUAUACUAAUUUUCUUUGACACGUAUGACUUAAUUUUUGUUAUGUCAUAUAAAAUUAUUUUUCAUGUUUAAUGUUCAGAAUAUAUGAUGCUAUGCUAUGCUUAAGAAUCUGAGAGAGAUAGGUUAUAUUGCUUUCACACUUUUUUUAUAUAAAUAGAUAUGGUUGAUAGACAAAAUAGCAAUAUGUGGAAGAAAUCGAGAUAAAUAGUAUAAUAUUCUGAAGAUGAUUAUUCAUUUAAUUAUAAGUCCGAAUUAUUAUGAACAUCGAGACGAAAAUGAAAUGUGAUUGAUUUAAAAUAUUUUAAUUUGUGAAAUAACAAUUGACAGACCAAUUUGUAAUGAAGCACGCUAUUACUUUUACAGUUUUAAUUUGAAAUAUUGGCUUCAUAGAAAAUCGACUCUCUAGGAAGUCGAUUUUAAAAGAUCAGGAUGAUUACUCGGGGCACCUAUUUUUUGCCUAUAUAUUG